GGCGGCCUCAGGGGUCGGUGUCUAUCUCUGAGAGGCGCUGGACCCGGAGCCGGUUGCAGGGUCCUACGGCUAAGAAGGGAGCCAUUCCGCAGCACACACCCCCAGUGGCUGGAGAAGCCGGGUUCCUCGGCAGCGCCGGGGAUGUGACUGCUCAGCGGCGGCAGAGUCCGAGGCCGGGGGAGGGGUGUCACGGAGAGACCCCUGGCUCGGGGCAGCUGAGGCGCCGGGCCUCCUCCCCUGUGACCGCCUCCCGGUUCGGGACCGCGGGAGUCCUUCGUCCCUUACAGCUCUGCUCUAGCUCUGGAACAUCCAGGGUGGUCUCAGUUUCAGCCUACCUGGGACACUCAGUUUCCUGAGACGUGGAGGAGCGUCGCCCCGAGUAAGCCGCCCGCGCCCCGCCUGGGGAAGUCUCUUUCUCACCCCGAGGCCGUCCUUCGCUCGAUCCCAACCCCAAGUUUGGCCACGGAACCCCUCAUUCAAAUCAUCUCCCUGCUGUCAAGAGAUCUCCGCGGUCCUCCCAGAUUGCUUCCGCCGGCCUCCGAUGUCCUGACUCCUUCCAAUGUCACCUACAGCCCCAUUGGUCUCAGUGCAGCCCAAAACUUUAAUGCAAAGGAAAAGUCUGGAUUGGUUUCACAGGCCUUUUAAAAAGCGGACUUAAAAGUUGCUGGCCAUGCAUUCCUUCUCGGCGGAGUGGAGAGCAAGCUCUGGUUGAGAUCUGUGUGACCGGUGUCUUUCCGGAGAGCAGAGUAGGGAAGAGAGGGCAGGAAGUUGGUUGGAGAGACAGACAGAUAGGGGAUUGGUGACUUCCACAGGAGAAGGUGCAGAGAGCCGUCAAAGAUGUUCUGUUUCCAGCCCGCUGGGGAGUUGAAAUGACUUUUAGUACUGUUGUUCCUUUUCAGACUUCCCUGUGGACGUUUCUAUCUAAAAUUCUCUUCUUGCAAAGAAACUCUUCCUCAGCCCUCAAAAUACACUUAGAAUCAAGAAACUUUUGGGUAGCGUUGCGAUUACAUGACUUCAAAUUAACCAACUUGGAAUAGAAUUCCAGACUCCUGUUUACACGUGUGAACCUCAGACCCAGUUUCCCGUUCUCCUGGAAGUCGUCUUUCUGUGAUUGACCCCAUUGUACUGCCGUGGGAGGCAGUGGUGUGAAGUUCUGGGUACAUACUGUUUCCUGCUAAUCCCCACGGAUCAUUCUGGAAGAUCUUGAACCCUCUUCUGGAAAAGGGUGCCUAUCAUUCAUUGCUUUAUGGGGCAGCAGCCUGGAAAAGUUCUUGGGGACCAAAGAAGGCCUAGUUUGCCCGCCCUGCAUUUUAUCAAGGGGUCAGGGAAGCGAGAGUCAUCACGGCAUGGGGGUCCACACUGCAAUGUGUUCGUGGAACAUGAAGCCCUGCAGAGGCCAGUGGCAUCUGACUUUGAGCCCCAGGGUCUCAGUGAAGCAGCUCGAUGGAACUCCAAGGAAAACCUUCUUGCUGGGCCCAGUGAAAAUGAUCCCAACCUUUUUGUGGCACUAUACGAUUUUGUGGCCAGUGGAGAUAACACUCUCAGCAUUACUAAAGGUGAAAAGCUCCGGGUCUUAGGUUAUAAUCACAAUGGGGAAUGGUGUGAAGCCCAAACGAAAAAUGGCCAAGGAUGGGUCCCAAGCAACUACAUCACUCCUGUCAACAGCCUGGAGAAACAUUCCUGGUAUCAUGGGCCUGUGUCCCGAAAUGCUGCUGAGUAUCUGCUGAGCAGUGGGAUCAAUGGCAGCUUCUUGGUGCGGGAGAGUGAGAGUAGUCCUGGCCAGAGGUCCAUCUCCCUGAGAUAUGAAGGGAGGGUAUACCACUACAGGAUCAACACCGCUUCCGAUGGCAAGCUCUAUGUCUCCUCGGAGAGCCGCUUCAACACUCUGGCCGAGUUAGUUCACCAUCAUUCCACGGUGGCUGAUGGACUCAUCACCACGCUCCACUACCCAGCUCCCAAGCGCAACAAGCCCACCAUCUAUGGCGUGUCCCCCAACUAUGACAAGUGGGAAAUGGAGCGCACAGACAUCACCAUGAAGCACAAGCUGGGUGGCGGCCAGUAUGGGGAGGUGUACGAAGGUGUAUGGAAGAAGUACAGCCUGACUGUGGCUGUGAAGACCUUGAAGGAGGACACCAUGGAGGUGGAGGAGUUCCUGAAGGAGGCUGCAGUGAUGAAGGAGAUCAAGCAUCCUAACCUGGUGCAGCUGCUAGGGGUGUGUACCCGGGAGCCCCCUUUCUACAUCAUCACAGAGUUCAUGACUUAUGGUAACCUGCUGGACUACCUGAGAGAGUGUAACCGGCAGGAGGUGAGCGCCGUGGUAUUGCUCUACAUGGCUACACAGAUCUCAUCCGCCAUGGAGUACCUGGAGAAGAAGAACUUCAUCCACAGAGACCUUGCUGCUCGAAACUGCCUGGUUGGGGAAAACCAUUUGGUGAAGGUGGCUGAUUUUGGCCUGAGCAGGUUGAUGACAGGGGACACCUACACGGCCCAUGCUGGAGCCAAAUUCCCCAUCAAGUGGACUGCACCUGAGAGCCUAGCCUACAACAAGUUCUCCAUCAAGUCAGACGUCUGGGCAUUCGGAGUAUUGCUCUGGGAAAUUGCUACCUAUGGCAUGUCACCUUACCCAGGAAUUGACCUGUCACAGGUUUAUGAGCUGCUGGAAAAAGACUACCGUAUGGAGCGCCCCGAAGGCUGCCCAGAGAAGGUCUACGAACUCAUGCGAGCAUGUUGGCAGUGGAAUCCCUCUGACCGGCCCUCCUUUGCUGAAAUCCACCAAGCCUUUGAAACCAUGUUCCAGGAGUCCAGUAUUUCAGAUGAGGUGGAGAAGGAGCUGGGGAAGCGGGGCAUGAGAGGAGCUGCUGGCAGCAUGCUGCAGGCGCCAGAGCUGCCCACCAAGACCAGGACGUGCAGGAGAGCUGCUGAGCAGAAAGACGCACCUGACACCCCUGAGCUUCUCCACAUGAAGGGCCUGGGAGAAAGCGAUGUGCUGGACAGUGAGCCUGCCGUGUCACCGCUGCUUCCUCGGAAGGAGCGUGGGCCCCCAGACUGCACUCUAAAUGAAGAUGAGCGCCUCCUUCCCAAGGACAAAAAGACCAACUUGUUCAGUGCCUUGAUUAAGAAGAAGAAGAAAAUGGCACCAACACCCCCUAAGCGCAGCAGCUCCUUCCGGGAGAUGGAUGGCCAGCCAGAACGCAGAGGGGCCAGUGAGGAUGAUGGCCGGGAAACCAGCAAUGGGCCACCAGCUCUCACCCCCUCAGAUACAGCAGAGCCUGCCAAGUCCCCAAAGGCCAGCAAUGGGGCUGGUGUCCCCAAUGGAGCUUUCCGGGAGCCAGGCAGCUCGGGCUUUCGUUCUCCCAACCUGUGGAAAAAGUCCAGCACGCUGACCAGCAGCCGUCUGGCUGCCAAUGAAGAGGAGAGUGGCAUCAGCUCCAGCAAGCGAUUCCUGCGCUCUUGCUCAGCCUCCUGCAUGCCCCAUGGGGCCAGGGACACAGAGUGGCGGUCAGUCACCCUGCCUCGGGACCUGCCAUCUGCCGGCAAACAGUUCGAUUCAUCCACCUUUGGGGGGCACAAAAGCGAAAAGCCAGCUCUGCCUCGGAAACGAGCCAGUGAGACCAGGUCUGAGCAGGUGGCCAGAGGCACGGUGACACCCCCUCCUCGGCUGGUGAAGAAGAGCGAGGAGGCUGCUGAUGAAGUCUUCAAGGACAUGGAAUCCAGCCCAGGCUCCAGCCCUCCCAGCUUGACUCCCAAACUUCUCCGUCGGCAGGUCACUGCCUCUCCUUCCUCUGGCCUCUCUCACAAGGAAGAGGCCACCAAGGGCAGUGCCUCGGGGACUCCUGCCGCUGCUGAGCCGACACCCCCCAGCAGCAGAGUGGGUCUAAGCAAGGCCUCCUCUGAGGAGACCCGAGUAAGGAGGCAUAAGCACAGCUCAGAGUCCCCAGGGAGAGACAAGGGGCGGCUGUCGAAGCUCAAGCCUGCUCCACCACCUCCACCUGCCUCCUCAGGGAGAACCGGAAAGCCUGCCCAGAGCCCCAGCCAAGAAGUGCCUGGGGAGGGAGGUGGGGCUGCGAAGAAAUGCUCAAGUCCGGCUGUGGAUGCUAUGAGCAGUGACCCCACCAAGGCUGGCCAGCCUGGAGAAGGACUAAGAAAGCCUGUGCCCCCAUCCGUGCCAAAGCCCCAGUCAGCUAGUAAGCCUCCAGGGACCCCCACCAGCCCUGUCCCCACACCCGCCACAGCAUCAGCGCCUUCAUCCGUGCCCGGGGACCAGCCAUCUUCUGCGGCCUUCAUCCCACUCAUAUCAACCCGCGUGUCUCUGCGAAAGACCCGCCAGCCGCCAGAGCGCAUCGCCAGUGGCACCAUCACCAAGGGUGUGGUUCUGGACAGCACUGAGGCCCUGUGCCUUGCCAUCUCCCGGAACUCAGAGCAGAUGGCCAGCCACAGUGCCGUGCUGGAGGCUGGCAAGAACCUGUACACAUUCUGUGUGAGCUACGUGGACUCCAUCCAACAGAUGAGGAACAAGUUUGCCUUCCGUGAGGCCAUCAACAAGCUGGAGAACAACCUCCGAGAGCUGCAGAUCUGCCCUGCGACAGCCUCCAGUGGCCCAGCUGCCACACAGGACUUCAGCAAGCUGCUUAGCUCUGUGAAGGAGAUCAGCGACAUCGUACGGAGGUAGCAGCAGCCAGUGCAUGCCAGCCAGAGAUGCUGCAAUCCAUGGGGCUUUUGUGCCUGCAAGGAUGGGGGACAGAGGACUGGGGAGCUGGCGUCUUGGCCCAGGAGCUUUACAGUGCAUCAGGCAGAGCCAGGGCCUGAUGUGAUCGGCCCUUCUACUUGUGUUGUGCACCAGCUGUUCUUUCCUCCCAGCCCAGGUACCGUAAGCCACUUUUUUUCAUUGCCUAUGUGUGGGCCUCCUGCUCUGAAGACUGCAGCUGGCCUGCCAGACCACCAGGCUCUGAGGUCAACUGGGAGUGCUCACAAGGGCUGUCCUUUCCAUGUCCUCGCAGAACAUCCUCCUCUGCCGCACCUGGUCACCGAGGCAUGGGAGCCCCUGUGCUUAGGACCUGUCCCGGAGAGCCUGUGCUCAUUGUUUUCUCGUGUGAAGGAAGCUAUUGCUUUGAGGGUCAUGAGGUGCUAAAGCCAAGGGCCCAGGUGGGUGGGUGCUGGAGCUAGAGCUGCAGCAGUGUGGUCUGUCAUCUGUUCUUUAUCUCCUCAGAGUGCGCCCUGAAGAUCAUGGGUAGCAAGGUUGAGUUUCAUGGGUGGCAGUCGCUCAUUGGCCAAGCCAAGAUUAGGGUUCCAAGGGGCCCCAAAGAUCGGAAUUAGUGAGCAUUUGUCUUCCUCGCCCCUGCUCCUGAGGUCAGGCCCAUCCUCUCUGGUCCUUGCCUUUAUGACGAGGGUCUGGUUUUCUGGUGGUUUUGAGCAUUUCAAAGCUCUGCACAGAAAGGAGCAGCCACUCGGCACAGAUAGGAAGGAAUGACUGCAGGCCCAGGGCUCUCCUGAGGCCUGACUGCUCCUCAGAACUGCUGCUUAACUACCGAGAACAGGGCUUAGCCUAGUGUCCUGGGAAGCCCCGCAGCACGGGCUGGGGUGGAUAGACUUUACAGGCUUAGCCGGUGCACGUCUUCCUUCCCCAGCAGCCAGGCCAGAGGUGAGCACGCAGACAGGUUGUGUCCCCUUGACUGUGACUCACAGCAGCCAGCUGAAGAGCAGGGUUCCCUCCUUGGCUUGGACCGGGCCAGGCCCAGCCACCUCCACAAUCCCUGCUCCUGCUCUCCGCUGCGCUGCUCUGCGCUGGCCCCAGUCCCACACCAGUCACCUAGACUCGGGUUGUAUUUUCUGGUAGAGAUGACUUCCUCUAGAUGGUUCUUCCAUGGUCCUCAGCACAUCACCUCCUUGCCUCCAACAGCUGUUCUGCAGCCCAGGGGAGGCAGUACCACACUGCCAGAAGCCUUGAAAACCCAGACAUCCCCAUGCCCUGACACCAUGUUCACAAGGUACCGGUCUGUCGUUGCUGACAUGAUGUGCCACUAUUUUUUGCAUUAUACUUUGGUAUUACACUUUUUUAAUAGACAUGCUCUCUUACAAAUGACAUGUAAAUAGUUCGCCACUGUGCCCCUCUGGCACACCAAUGGCAUUCCUUUUUUCUCAGUCCAGUACAUUUUGUUUCUGUAUAUGACUCUGUUUUUUGAAUCCAAAUCUCUCUGUAGUAUUUUUUAAAUAAAUAAGUGUUUACAGAACUCUUGA